AGUUAAUCAACAACUCUAUAACUCUCCCUCAUAAUGCCACCUCGGAUUAGACGACGUAUAACGUCGGCCACAAGAGAACAAAUCGAAUUGGAACAAGAACAAAUUUCUAAAACCAUUGUUCGACCUUUUGAUAUUUUAAAUGGGUUACCACUAUCAUUUAAUGCCCCACCCAUUGAUCAUUAUGAAGAUGUUCUAAAACAUCCAUUGACAAUUAAAGAUUCUGGAGUAUUAUAUAGAUCAUUAAUGAAAUCUCGAUAUAAUUAUGUUCAUGUUUGUCCUAUGUUUAAAUUAUAUUGGAUAAAGCAAAGUUCAUAUGCUAAGAAAUUAAUGGAAUUAGAUAAACCAGUACCGAAAUCUCUGAAAGAAGAAGGUUUAGGAGAUAGAGUACCAGUUCUUGGAUCAGAUGUAAGUGCUAGAGAUGUUAUGGUUAAGUUAUGUGAUGCGUCAUUUUCUUUAGGACCUCAUUAUUUCGAAGUCAGACUUUUCAUAGUUAAGGAUGAUCGACCUGAUAAGCCUAAUGGAUCUGAGUUUAGCAGUACUGAUGGGACAAGUCCUUUUAAUUCUCAGCCGGAAGGACAAUCACAAUCUCAAUCUCAAUCUCAAUCAGUUACAGAAACAAAUUCACAAGCUAAUAAUCCUAAUAAUGAUAAUAAGUCCGAACCUAUUUCUACGGGUACAGAUAUCACCACAAAGGAUGAUAGUCAAGAGCCAGAUAAGAAGUCGACGGAACAAACUCCUUCAGAAGUAAAUACUCCUAUAGAACAAGAUAAGUCAUCAGAUGAAACAAAAACUACGAGAGAAGAAGUAUCAUCCAUCAAUGUAGCGGCACAUGAAUCUCCUAUAGACAUAGACAAUGAAAAGGAAGCAGACACUGAAAAGGAGACUGAGAAGGAGACUGUGCCAGUUCCUAAAGGCAAAAAGCCCUUGAAGAGCAAAGCUAAAAAAGGAAAGAAAGAUACGAAAGAAAAUGAUACUGAAGCAGAUAAAUCGUCCAAUGAGGAAGUGACAAAGGAUACGAGUAACGAAAGUAAUAAAUCAGAAGAAUCAGAAAAGGAGAAGGAUAAAGAUCAAGAGCAAGAUAAAGAGCAAGAUAAAGAAAGUAUUGAAAAACAAAAGGAAAACGUAAAGGAAAAGGAAAAGGAAAAGGAAAAAGAAAAGGAAACAGCACCAGUAUCAAAUGUUUCUCAAUCAAAUCUGAAUUCCACCGUUCCUCCACCAGCUCCUGCUGCAGAUAUGAGUUCUAUAGAAAACACCAUUAUGAUUUCUAAUUUGAAUACCAUUGCCAAAACAGAUGAAUCAUUGAAUGGUCUUAUGAAAGUGGUUGCUCUGGGUAAAGCAUCUCAACAACAAAUCAUAACUUUUCAAGGUUAUAUUAAGAGAGCUCGAGAAAUGGGACCUCAACCACAUCAUGCAUACUUAUUCCAAACUCCAGGAGUAACUUAUCCUUAUAGUACUUCGAGUAAUUUAUCAAAGAAAUUGGAUAAAGAUAAGAAACCUCCAAAGGAAAAGAAACCUCCAAAGGAAAAGAAACCUCCAAAGGAAAAGAAAAUUCCAAAAGAGAAAAAAUCAAAAUUACCUAAAGAUCAAAGAUUAACUGCUUUUCAAGAAAAGUAUUUAACAGAUGCAACAUUAUUAUUUGAAUAUGUUGAGAAUUCAAAUGUAAGAUUCUUAUUACCUCGAGAAGCAGUAUGUGAAGUUAUACCUCCAAGUACUUUAACUAAUGCUGAAGGAGGUGAUAAUUCAGAUAAUAAAGAUAUUAUAGUUAGUUAUCUUUGGAUUCAUAAUCAACUGGAAGUGGAUACUUAUGAAAAGAAUUUAGAAAUAUAUAAUACCAAAGUUAGAGAACGAGAAGAAGCCGAAAAGAAAAAGCUUGAAGAAGAGCAAAAGAAGUUGGAACAAGAGAAACAAGAAGAAACUAACAAAGAGCAAGAUCAAAAGCAAGAUAAUCAAAAGGAAUCAGAUGAGACUAAUAAUGGUGAAAAUGGUCAAGAAGUUAAACAAGAAUCUGAACUUGAAUCAACUCCUGCUAGACGUAAUUUAAGAAGAGCUGCAAUUGCUAGAAGUACAGCACCACCAAAGAAAGUUAUAGUUAAAAAGAAAGCUAUUCCAAAACCAUUAGUUCCACCUAUUGAACCUGAAAUAAGAUAUACUUCUUUAUCAUUUACUAUCCAUGGAAUUCCAUCACGAUUUAUUCCUAUUAUAACCAAUAGUUUCUUAACUUUAGAAAAAGUUCAAGAAAGAAUGACUCAUAUUUUAAAUAUUGGAACUAGAACUGGUAACUUUUAUUUAUGGUAUCAAGUAGAUGGGAAAUUAGAUGAAGAAUUGGCUGAAGAAAUUAGAAAUCAAGCUGUUCAAGAAGAGAAGAAAAUGCCAGGAAUAUCGGUUGCACCUGUUGAGAAGGCUAAGGAUAAAGAGCCAAAGAAGAGGAAAUUGAAAGAUAAAACUGAUAAGAAACCCAAGAAGGUUAAGCUUGAAGAAAAAGAAAAAGAUCAAGAAAAAGAAAAAGAAAAAGUUUCAGCAGGUGGAGAUAUGGGUGAACCUUCUAAGGAUAAACUGGGAGAUACUCCUAUUCCUAUGACAGAAGAUGGACAACCAACUAAUGAAAAUGGAAAUGGAAAUGAAAAUGAAAAGGAAAAGGAAAUAGAAACAGAAAAAGAAAGUUCUAUACUUAUAGAACAAUCGAUUGAACCCACUGAAACACCUACAACAGAACAAUCCUUAGUUGAAUCAUCGAAUGAUGUCAAAGUAGAAUUAGAUCCAACUGAUAGCCUCAUGGCCGAUUAAUAUAACUUAUUGUAUAUUAU